GUAAUGUCGCUGAAAGACGACGAAUCAGUGAUGGAUGUUGAGGGUGUCGUGCUUGAUCGUGAAACAAUCUCCUACAAGGAUCACAAUCAUCUUCAUCGACCGACGAAAGCGUCACGACGUCAAAGUCUUCUGAUAUGA